AGAGAAUGCAUUCUUAAUGAAAGCUCGGAAUGUUUUAUAAAAUAUUGAGUCCUAAUGGUGGAUUUCUCCACUUUUACAACCGGCAACUAACGCACGCCUGGCAGCACCAAAUUUUCACAAAAACCAAAGCCUCUUGUUUUAAAAGUAAAAAACAAUCAUUCCGCAUCUAGCAUCUAGCAACACUCUGGACCAGUUGUCAAAGAACUCUUGUCUUGUGCUGUUGCUCCCGUGUUUGUUGUAUCAAUUUGUAUGUCAAUUAUCAAUUAACCCUCGUUGAAUGAUGGCUUGUUGAUUAUUAAAAAGCAGUGCUGCCGUGACUCUUGAUGUGCACUGCGUGAAUUAUGGCGGCGGGUGGCGAGGAGCUGUGGCGCGAGUGCGCGUCUUGGCUGACGAGAUGUGGCUUGCUGCGUCCUGACCACAAGGCGAACUGGGAAUCUAGCACGAUACACGACCUGGCGUACACGCUGCGGGACGGCGUGCUGCUGUGCAACCUGCUGAACGUGCUGCAGCCGGGCUGCGUGGACAUGAAGGACGUCAACCAGCGCCCGCAAAUGGCCCAGUUCCUAUGCAUGAGGAACAUCAAGGUGUUCCUCAAAAUGUGCGACGAGGUGUUCGAGCUGCGCGAGACGGACCUCUUCGACCCGUCCAUGCUGUUCGAUCUGUCAAACUUCCAUCGCGUCCUGUGCACGUUGGCGAAGCUGAGUCAAUGUCCCAAGGCGGUCGCUAAGGGCAUCAAGCCUUUCUCCGCUCACAGGACCCAGUCUGAAGAAGACAUAUACAAAGACCUGCAGUCCGUCGCCACCCCCCCGCCCGCGGGCGACGUCGGUGAGUACGCGAGCUACUGCGCGCGCAUACACGACGAGGAGAUCUACCACGAUCUCUGCGUGGUGAAGAACGCCAGGGACACGCUGGCCGCCGCCGCGCCGCAGCCCGCUUUCAACCUCGCUACGUCAUCGCACAGCCUGGAGAAACGCGACUACGUGAUCAGAGAGCUGGUGGACACAGAGUGCAACUAUGUCGACGUGCUAAGCAAGAUCAUAAAGUACUUCCUGAGGCCGCUGACGCCCUAUCUGAAGGCGCAGGAUCUGCAGCUCAUAUUCUUUGGCAUCAAGGAACUCCACGACAUCCACUCCGGCUUGCUGCGUCAACUGAAGCUAGCCACGGAGGCCUGCGUGCCUGGUAACGGAGCUCCCCGUCUCGCCGACGUGUUCCUCACAUGGAGGGAGCGAUUGCUGCUGUACGGGGACUACUGUUCGAACCUGACCGCGGCGCAGGACACGUUGAAGACCCUGGACGCAAGAGACGCGACCUUUAGCAAGCAGUUACAGAAAUGUCAAAAAGAACACAGCGACGGCCGAAUCCAGCUCCGCGACAUACUCUCCGUGCCAAUGCAGCGAGUGCUCAAAUACCAUCUGUUGCUGGACAAGCUGGUCCAUGAAACGCAACCGAACCACGAGGAGUUUCGGGGGCUGGAGCGAGCGAAAGAGGCGAUGGUGGACGUGGCGCAGUACAUCAACGAGGUGAAGCGAGACAGCGAAGUUUUGGCGCUUCUUGCUAAAGUUCAGGAGAGCAUACUAGACUGGGAGGGCGGCGCGCUGGGCGCGGGCGGCGCGGGGCUCGCAGCCUACGGACGCCUGCUGCUAGACGGCGAGCUCAAGGUCAAAGCCCACGAGGACCAGAAGCUGCGCUCGCGAUACGUGUUCGUCUUCGACAAGCUGAUGCUGCUCUGCAAGCCGGUCAAGGAGAACCAAUAUUCCUACCGCGUCGGUGUCAAACUGGCCGAAUACCGAGUCCAAGAGGGCGCUGUUCGCCGCACACUAAGAAACGACGGUCGUUGGUCGUCGCAGUUCUACCUAGUGCGACGCACUAAGGACGCCACGUACACGCUUUACGCGCGCAGCGACGACUGCAAGCGGAAGUGGGUGAAGGCCAUCAAGGACGCCAUCGACAACCUCGAGCCGGUCGGGUGCCGGAGCACCAACCACAAGUUCGUGCUGCACACCUUCGAGAAGCCGGCCACGUGCCACCACUGCUCCAAGUUCCUCAAGGGGCGGAUAUUCCAGGGUUACCUAUGUUCCGUGUGCAACGCGUGCGCUCACAAGGAGUGCAUAGCGCUGUCUGGGCGCUGCGGGGGCGGGCUCACGCCGGCCCCGCCCCUCCCCCCGCACCACCAGCCGGACCAAGCGCUGCACUACUACAUGUGGUAUGUCGGAGAGAUGGGUCGGGAGACCGCAACCAACCGCCUGGAGCGGCGAGUCGACGGCACUUUCUUGCUGAGGGUUCGGCCUCACCCCACGCAUCACGCGGAUACCGACACUCAGCUAGCUCUCUCACUCAAAACGGACAACACGGUGAAACACAUGCGGGUGUGCCGCAAGCCCAUCGACCAGGUCCCGCACUAUUUUCUCUCCGAGUCCCGCUUUUUCCGUAGCGUGGUCGAGCUCAUCUCCUACUACGAGAAGACCAGCCUCUCGGAGAACUUCGUCGGUCUGAACUCGAAUCUUCGCUGGCCGUUCCGGCGCGUAGUCGCCACGGUGGUGCACGACUUCCGCCCGCUAGAGUCUUCACAGCUGGCGCUGCGGCCCGGCGCCAAGGUGCUGGUGCUGAGCAAGGAGGGCGACAGCCGCGGCUGGUGGAAGGGCCGCACGUUGGACAAGGGCGACAACCGCUCCGGCUACUUCCCUAAAGAGUGUGUCCGCGAGGAGCCAGAGUGUAUCGGCGCGCUCGACUGAUGUCAGCAGUGCCUCGCCGAGCGCGCCGCGCCCGCGCGAGCAUCCGACGACGACGCCGCCGACCUAG